UACACACCACUGAACACAACAUUUGCUUGUCAUUUUAAAUCCAGCACCAGAGCCAUCCGGACCGUUGUUACAAUACCACAAUGGGUUGUAUACAAAGCUUCAGGCAGUGCUGCGACCAGCCAAAAAACACCAAUGUCCGAAUCAGUCUUCCAGCUGUGUGUUUUGUUUGGCAACUUGCUAUGAUUAUUUUAUUCGGCUUUUUUAUCCGUUAUAAUGCAGAAUCCGAUGUGCAUUGGAAACAGGAGAAUAAAAACAUAUCCAGGAGUGACAUUGAGAAUGAUUUCUAUUUCAGAUACCCAAGUUUCCAGGAUGUCCAUGUAAUGAUCUUUGUGGGUUUCGGUUUCCUCAUGACCUUCCUGAAGCGCUACAGCUUUGGCGCCGUGGGCUUUAACCUCCUCAUUGCCGCUUUUGGGCUUCAGUGGGCACUGCUGAUGCAGGGCUGGUUCCACUCUCUGGACCCAAUGGACGGCAAGAUCAAGAUUGGUGUGGAGAGCAUGAUCAACGCAGACUUCUGUGUAGCCAGUUGUUUGAUAGCAUACGGGGCGGUGCUCGGCAAGGUGAGCCCGGUCCAGCUGAUGGUGAUGACCCUGUUUGGAGUCACUCUGUAUGCUGUGGAGGAGUACAUCAUCCUUAACCUCAUACAUGCCAGGGAUGCUGGUGGCUCCAUGGUGAUCCACACGUUCGGGGCUUAUUACGGUCUGUCCAUAUCAUGGAUGCUGUAUCGUCCCAACCUGGAUAAGCGUCUAAAUGGCUCCGUCUACCACUCUGAUGUCUUUGCAAUGAUUGGAACCCUCUUCCUGUGGAUGUUCUGGCCUAGUUUUAACUCUGCCAUCUCUUACCAUGGGGAUGGGCAGCACAGAGCUGCUAUCAACACCUACCUGUCCCUGGCCGCCACUGUCCUCACAACUGUAGCCAUCUCCAGUCUCUCCCAGAAAGCCGGCAAGCUGGACAUGGUGCACAUCCAGAACUCCACAUUGGCCGGGGGCGUAGCGGUGGGAACAGCAGCAGAGUUCAUGCUAAUGCCUUAUGGAUCUCUGAUCGUAGGGUUCUGCUGUGGCAUCAUCUCCACUCUGGGCUAUAUUUAUCUCACGCCAUUCAUGGAGAAGUAUCUGAAGAUCCAAGACACGUGUGGUAUCCACAACCUCCACGCCAUGCCGGGGGUCAUUGGGGGCAUUGUGGGCGCCAUCACUGCUGCCGCUGCCAGUGAAGGGGUCUAUGGCAAGGAAGGGUUAAAAACCGUAUUUGACUUCACGGGGAAAUGGGAAAACAUGCUCCCGACUCAGCAGGGAGGACACCAAGCAGCCGGCCUCUGUGUUGCCCUCUGCUUUGGAAUUGGAGGAGGAAUCCUUGUUGGCUGUGUUCUGAGAUUACCUAUCUGGGGGGAUGCUCCUGAUGACCACUGCUUUGAUGAUGAGCUCUACUGGGAGGUACCUGAGGAUGAAGAGAGCAUUCCUCCUAUUCUGGAGUACGACAAUCACAUCCGGAACCAAGCUGGAAAAAACUCACAUUUCUCUAUGGAACAGAGUCGUAACUGAAAAUAGGGCCGGAUGUCAUUUCCUUCCUACCCAUUAAAUUGAUGGUCCUUCACUGACUCCUGCUGGACAGAAACCAGUCCUAUCCUCUUCAUUACUGUUUAUACAGAUAUGUUCAUGGAAUCUAUAAUCAAUUGUUCCAACUUUGCAUUGAUUUACAACAAGAUCUCCUAGAGAAACAUUUGAUAUCUUAUCAUGACCACAUACAAUAUUGUUUUUGUCAUUGUGUCAUUUUACCCAGCCCAUAUCACUGGUGAUGCUGGUGAGAGGGGACCUUUUUUGCAAUUUAAAAAAAAUGUUUUUUAUGUCUAGUUGCAGGGAUAUUACUACGAAGGUUUUUCGUGGGGGUGCCAAAGGGGGACC